AUGCGGUCCACAAGGUACUCAACAUCUCGACAAAAGGCCUGUCAGCAGUGCGCCACGUCCAAGAUCAAGUGCGACCGGAAAGCAAGGAUAUGUUCCCGGUGUCGAAAACGGGGCCUUGCCUGCACCUACGUCCAAAGCCAGGCGUCUCUUCCAUCUGAACCGGGCACUACCGGGAUCUCCGACGGAGCCGAGUCCGAGGUCAUACUUGGCUCUGCAGCAACAGGCAUCGCAACAGAAAGCGCAAAUUUCCCGUCCCAAGCAGCUCAACAGACCGCUUUUCACAGGCCAGGCUUCUCUGAGGCACUCCGGUUUCCUUCAAACCCUGAGCGAGUAGAAACGGCAACAGGAGAAGAUGCUUCGACACCGGGUACAUGUCAAGUUCCUGGGCAUCGACAGGGACAACCAGCUGCCAACAGCGGCAUUCCCGCAGCAUCGAGUACCCGUCGAGCAGAUGAGCUGGAUUUCGCCUGUCUUGAGCUGACAUGCCCCAUCAACGCCGACGACAUCGCCAAUCGAUGGUUGAAUAGUUUCGUCCCGUUGCCAGGCCAGCAGACGAAAAGCUACACCCCUCUCAUAUCAGCAUUCAUUCACAGAAUUCUGAAAUCAUACGCCAACUCUACUAUUCGCGGCCGCAAAGUCCCGCCCUUUGUUCACUGGUCUCAAGUGAGCCUACAGUCAAGCAUCCCUCUUUCGACCUGUGUUUCCGUCCUGCAGCAAGUAUGCAACGAGUCGGUUACUAGGGGUCUCAAGGCCUCAGCUGAGAUUCUGCAACAUGAGAUGACGAAACUCUUUGACCGACACCCAACGGUGGAUGACAUGGCUCUGCUCGCAACUUUUCAAGCACACUUGAUUUAUUCCCUGGUCCUGUUUUUUCAACUCACACAAGAAGACUAUCCAUUCCUAUCGCAAGGCAUGAUGAACACACAGGAGCUGGCAUGCGCAGCCGCAAAAAAGGGUCUGGUCUGCGUGGCCGAACAAGAGGGGACCCGUCCCACAUGGGAGUCUUGGGUAGUAGCUGAGGCAAAACGGAGGACUCUCUUUACAAUGUGUCUCUUUGACAGUGCUUUGCUUUCUCACGAUGGACUCCCGACGCACCUCGCCACCGAGCUGCGUGGACUGCUCGCACCAGCAAGUAAGUCUCUAUGGGAAUCUCGAAACCGCCAUGACUGGCAGAACAAGUAUGACCUUCAUCUAGCAGAGUGGCCGGAUGGAGGCCUGCGCAUAGACGAACUGUGGCCUAUGCCAGAAGAUCUGAACAAAGAAGGAAUCAGCAAAAGACGUGGUAGGGUAGAUGCAUGGCUAGAGGACCUGGAUGAGUUUGGAACGGCCAUCUAUGCAGUCACAAGCGGCACACAUGGUACUUGA